AUGAAGGCGGCAACGACUCUCGCGUUAGCAUGGGCUCUAUUGACCUUGGCGACCAAUGGUAGAGCUCAUGUUAUUAAGGAUUCAACUACUACUCCACAAGUUUCAAGGAACAAAGGAAAUUUUGGACCGGAACUUCAUCAUCGAUCAUAUAUAUCACCAGAUUCCAUAAAUACUGCAAACCCUUCCUUUAACGCAUUGACCUCACCAAACAGAGGAUUAUCACCUCGAGAAAUUGCUAUUCUAUUUGUUAAAGAAAGUCUCCACCCAUAUGCUGAUUUUAUCGUUAAAAAUAUUUAUAAAUCCGAACAUAAUGGAAUCACUCACGUAUAUCUUAAACAAGUUGUUAACGGGUUACAAGUCAUUAACGGUGACUUAAAUAUUAAUAUUGAUAAAUUUGGUAGAGUAAUCUCUUAUGGUGAUAGCUUUGUACUACCACCUAAUUUAACCGGACUUGAAAAAUUCUCGACAAAAGAUUCCUUUGAAGAUAGUGUUGUCAUAAAUAAUGGAAAAUAUUUUAUAACUUCUAAUCCUCGUCAAGUUAUCAUUUCCUCUCAUCCACCAAACCUUAAAGAAGAAAAGGUUAACGAUUAUGAUACCGUUCAAUAUAAGAUUAAUAGUGAAAUUGCAGAAACAAUAUCACCAUUUGAUGCGUUAAAAUCAUUUGCGACAUAUAUCAAUCAAACGAUUCCACCAUCAGAAAAUUUACGAUAUUAUGAAUCGUUUAAUGAAGAUGAUCAAGAGCAUUUGAUAUUUGAAAAGAUCCCUUUCGCUUUAUCACCCGUUAAAUUAUCACAAAAUUAUCUUCAAUUAGACGACAUGUCAUUACAAUUAGUUUGGGAUAUACAAAUUGAAAUGGAAAAUAAUUGGUACCACGCUCAUGUUGAUGCUCAAACAGGUGAAUUAAUAGCAUUAAUGGAUUGGGUCGCAGACGCGUCUUAUAAUGUCUUUCCGCUAGGGGUAAAUGAUCCUGAAGAGGGAGAUCGUGAUUUACAAAUCGAUCCUCAUGACAUUAUUGCCUCACGUAAUGGUUGGCAUAAUCAAGGAAAACGUAAUUUUACCACUACCAUUGGUAAUAACGUUUAUGCUCAUGAAAAUCUAGAUGGGAGAUGGGAAUGGGAGAAUAAUUAUAGACCUGAUGGUGAUGACUUAUUGUUAUUUGACUUCCCGUUGAAUUUAUCUGAUGUACCAAAAUACGGGUUCGAUGAAGUUGCUGGUAACUUCCAACAAGAAAACUAUGGUAAUGGUGGUAAAGGCAACGAUCCAGUCAUUGCCAAUGCACAAGAUGGAUCUGGAUUUAAUAAUGCCAACUUUGCCACGCCACCAGAUGGACAACAUGGUAAAAUGCGCAUGUACGUUUGGGAUGUAAUCAAUCCAUGGAGAGAUGGUGAUUUGGAAUCCGGAAUCAUUAUUCAUGAAUAUUCCCAUGGAAUUUCCACCCGUUUAACGGGAGGACCAGCAAAUAGUGGAUGUUUAGGAUGGGGAGAAGCGGGUGGUAUGGGAGAAGGAUGGGGUGAUUUCUUUGCUACCAUCUUACGUAUGAAACCUUCAUAUGGUCGUGACAAGGAAUUUGGUAUGGGAAAUUGGGCUAACGGUGGUAAAGGGAUAAGAAAAUAUCCUUAUUCCACUUCGUUAAAAAACAAUCCCGAAACAUUUUCAGUCAUGGAUAAACCUGGUUACUGGGGCGUACAUGCUAAAGGAGCUGUUUGGGCAGAAAUGUUGUACGAAGUAUAUUGGAAUUUGGUAGACAAACAUGGAUUUACAUCACAAUGGUUCCCACCUACAAAUGAUACCAAUGACGCUUUGUGGUAUAACUUUAAAUCAUCCUCAGGUGUUCAUACACUUAAACAUCCUAAACAUGGCAAUACAUUAACAUUACAAUUGGUAGUUGAUGGUAUGAAAUUACAACCAUGUCGUCCAUCAUUUAUUACUGCACGUAAUGCAAUUAUUCAGGCUGACGAAGUAUUAACUAAUGGUGAAAAUAAAUGCGAAAUUUGGAAAGGUUUUGCUAAACGUGGUCUUGGAGUUAAAGCUAAAAUCAUUGGUGAUAAUCCUUGGGGAGGUGGUAUUCGUAAGGAAAGCUUUGCUGUUCCCGAGGAUUGGGAAGGAAUUUAUUUUUUUGAAUAG